GAGGUUUUGGAAAUACCUUAGUUGAACAUCAUCUGCGAUACACGUCACUUGUCAGACCUUGUAGUUAGUUUUUCGGCAAUACAUCUGUUGCGGAAGUCACUGGAAAAGUUCAACAUUUUGGAGUACCUGUGUGAUUUUUAUAUUUUCAGGACAUCCAAGUUACUUGGAUUGUGUGUAAAGAAAUAAAGCUAAGCAUUUUAAUUCUUGGGUAGUCUCUAUUUACCAAUGGCACCGAAUGUAGUCUCUACAUCGGUGCAAGAAGAGCAUCAUGAACAUGAACCAGAAACAAAACCUUUAGAGCCAGUUCAAAUUGUUUGGAGGAAUGUCUUUUUAUUCAUAGGGCUACAUGCAGCAGCAAUCUAUGGCCUUUAUCUUGUAAUCGCUCACGCAACUUUAACAUCAUGGUUUUACGGUGUCUUUUUAAGUUUCGCCAAUGGUCUUGGGAUAACAGCAGGGGCCCAUAGGUUAUGGACUCAUAGGUCAUACAAGGCAAAACUUCCCUUGAGAAUAUUUUUAGCCUUUUGCAACUGCUUGGCUUUACAGAACGACAUUUACGAAUGGUCAAGAGACCACAGAGUUCAUCAUAAAUUUGCAGAGACUAAUGCUGACCCACACAACGUGAAUCGAGGAUUUUUCUUUGCCCAUAUGGGAUGGUUGAUGGCAAAAAAACAAAAGGAUGUUAUUGAAAAGGGAAAAACAGUCGACAUCAGCGAUAUAUGGGCUGAUCCAGUAGUUAGAUUUCAGCACAGGUUUUACGUUCCUCUGGCAGCCAUUUGUUGCUUUGUGAUUCCAUCAGCGAUCCCUUAUUAUUGCUGGAACGAAGACUGGUACGCAAGCGUAUUUGGAGCCGGAUUCCUCCGAUACGUCCUCUGCCUACAUUUCACAUGGUUUGUUAACAGUGCAGCACAUUUAUGGGGCAAUAAACCAUACGACAAAUACAUAAGCGCAACUGAAUCCAAAUGGGUUUCUGCUUUUGCAAUUGGUGAAGGAUUCCACAAUUACCAUCACACAUUUCCUUGGGAUUACGCCACAAGUGAGCUAGGAUAUAAAUACAAUUUCACUACAUUUUUCAUUGAUUGUAUGGCAUACAUUGGCCAGGCAUACGACUUGAAGACCACUAAUCCAGAGAGCAUACAUCAAAGAAAAAUCAGAACAGGAGAUGGCUCUUAUUUUAUAGACAAAGACCACAAAGAGUAAAAAAAAAAGUCCAAAGUGAUGAUGAUAAAACUACGAUUUUAUUAGACAACUACGCCAAGUACUGUAUAUUACAGAUAGGUUCCUGACUGCUAAUUCUGAAGUAAAUAUCUAUUGAUUCGGAGCUUUGGUCAACAUGACUAUUUGAAUGCAAUAGAAACAAAAUUAUUUUUCUUUUGAUGUAGCAGUCGAUAUUUAUUCAGCGAUGUGUCAACCUUGUUUUUAUGUAGCGUUUGCGUGCAGUAAAUUUAUCGCGAAUAUUUUCAGUCAGAUAUAUAUUUUUUUCUUAAAUAGAUUGGUGAUGAAAUAGAAGCCAAUCGCAUUAGACUGCAUUAAACAUUCUUCAAGUGGUAUUAAGUGUCCUAAAAACACGUUGCCACUCAGGAAAAAGUUAUCUCGUUUUAAUGUAUUUAAAGCACUGAAUAUGCAACUUGUUUUCAGUCAUGUUUGUUUCUCCUUAUUUCUUAAAAUAAAUCAGUGAUACAAAUAA